AUGCGGCGCAGCGUGAAGAGGCGGCGGCGCCGGCCCCCGGCGGCCCCGGCCGCGGCCGCCCGGGGCGGCGGCUUUAGGGCGGGAGGAGGGGCCGGUCUGGAGGCGCGGGAGGAGAAGGUGGUGUACUCGCGGUCGCAACUGUCGCUGGCCGACAGCACCAAGGCACUGGGCGACGCCUUCAAGCUGUUCAUGCCCUGCAGCACGGAGUUCAUGAGCUCGGACGCGGAGCUCUGGAGCUUCCUCUGCAGCCUCAAGCACCAGUUCUCCCCGCACAUCCUGCGCAGCAAGGACGUCUACGGCUACUCCUCUUGCCGGGCCCUCGUCCCCGACCCCCCGGGAGGCCCCGCCGCCCGCGGCCCGACGCGCAGGCCGGCCCCGAGCGCGGCGGCCAGGAGGAGGCGCCGCGGAGCCCGGGCGCCAGCCGCCCGCCGGAGGAAGCUGCCGCCGCCCCCGCCGCCGGUCCCCGAGGAGAGCUGCCCCGUCAAGCCCGCGGCCCCGGAGCCCUGCUUCGGGGGCCGCACCCUGGAGGAGAUCUGGAGGGCGGCCACCCCGACGCUGACCACCUUCCCCACCAUCCGCGUCGGCGGCGACGUGUGGGGAGAGCGCAGCCUGGCGGCGGCACGGCGUAGAGCGCGCCAAGUCCUGCGAGUGAACCUGGAACCCGUGGUGAGGCUCCGCCGCUUCCCGGUGCCCCGGGCGUGA